AUGCAGACGAAUCCGAAGAAAAAGACGCAGGUGAGUGGAUUCUGAGCGUUUUUUUGGGGUUUGAAAUAGCGUGGCGGACCUGAAAAAAAAAUAAAAAUUCAAAAUGGAUUUAUAAAAAUCCAGAAUAAUGUUGUAAAAUAGUCAGGAUGCUGGCUAAAUGCCAGAUUUUUUUGCCAAAAACGUCAGCCAAACGUUUAGAACACCUUAUAAUUCAAAAAAAAUGUCGUUAAUCGUAAACGAGACAACCCUUGGACGCCUUUUUUGACUCCCACAUUUUUGUGGUGUGAACAAAAAAUUCAAAAUGGAUUUCUGAAAAACGAAAGUAAUGUUGUAAAAUAAUCUACGGGAAUAUUUUACAACAUUACUUUGGAUUUCACAAGGAAAGUACUUCUAUGGGGUAUGGAGUUACAGGUCGACAUAUAUAUAUCAAAAAAUUCGCAAAAUUUUUCUGAUUCAGAAUGUGUAAAAAUUAGCUGCCUAAUUUUGGUUUGUAAGGGUGAAAAAAUCCUCAGAACUUUUCUCGCAACACCACGCAAAUGCCUUUUUGACCAAGUUUUUACCAAAUCAAAUGCUUGUUUUUGCGCUAAAGUAAACUCUUGUAUCUUGACAAGCCUUAAAAUAUCAAUAUUUUAAUAUUAAAUUUUAAGGCUUGUCAAGCUGCCAGAGUUUAGUUUAGCUCUAAAAAAAGCUUUUGAAUUGGUAAAAACUUGGUCAAAAAGGCAUUUGCGUGGUGUUCCGAGAAAAGUUCUGAGGAUUUUUUACCCUUACAAACCAAAAUUAGGCAGCUAAUUUUUAUAUAUUCUGAAUCAGAAAAUUUUUGCGAAUUUUUUGAUAUAAGACCUGUGACUUCAUACCCCAUAGAACUACUUUCCUUGUCAGAAAUUUAUUUUGAAUUUUUUGGUCCUACCACGAAAAUGUGAAAGUCAUAGAAAGCUUUCGAAGAUUGUCUGGUUUACGAUUGAUGGUAUUGUUUUUGAACUACAGGGUGUUCUAAAAAGUUUGGCCGUCGUUUUCGACAAAAAAAUUGGGUCCCGCCACGAAAACUUGAUUUUCCGAAGAAACGUAAAAAAUAGCCUGAAAAGGAAUAAAUUGGCGUGUCAAAUAGUAGUAGAACCGUGACCUUAACUUUUCAGAUCUCCUUUAUCAUCCGCGAUGAAGUGGAGUACCGUCACCGUUCGUUCGUCAACUGCCUCGCCUUCGACCCGUUGGAGGAGUCGCUGUACAGCGGCGGCAGCGACAUGAUCAUCCGCAAAUGGGACGCCACCUCCGACGCGAAGCCACGCGGCGCCUCCCAACGACAUCUCAUGUCCAUGGAGCAUCACUACGACUGGGUGAACGACCUGGUUUUGUGCUCCAAUCCGACUUACUGUAAGGUGGUUUACUAUAAUAUUUUGGUGAUUUUAUAGGUUGAAGUGGACGAUGGGAAGUUGAUUUUAGUGAUUUGGGAUGUGUUUGGGUGUAGGUUUGAUUUUCGGAUGGGAAAAUAGCGAUUUCUUGAAUUUUCAGGUUUUCGUGUCGGGACCUAAAAAUGUUAAAUUUGGUGAUUUUAAAGGCAAAAUUAAUCAAAAUAAUAAAGCAUAAGUGUAAAAAGCAAUAAAGAAAUUUGUUAGAAUCGAAAUAGAGACCUAUUUUGAGAUUUCAAGUUUUCGCUGCGAGACCCAAAACUUGAAAUUUUUUGUUCUUUGUUGUAAAAUUAUGUUGGAAAAAGGGUUUAGUUAUCUAUCAAAAAGGCCAGAGGGAAAAAACAAAGAAAUUUUGACUAGCUGUCUUACUGUAACAUCUCGAUUUAGUGAUCUCGGCUUCCUCCGACACCACAGUCAAAGUCUGGAACACAAAGAAAGGCUUUUGCAUGUCAACGCUGAGGACGCAUAAGGUAGGAUUUUUACAUGAUUUUCAAAAAAAAUUUCUCCGAUUUCAGGACUGUGUACGGUGUUUGGCCUACUGCUCGCAAGGGACGGAAAUGAUCGCCAGCGCCGGCUUGGACCGAUGUAUUUACUUGUGGGAUGUGAACACACUCACCAAAUUGACCGCAAUCAACAAUACAGUCACCAGUAAGUCGAGGUUUUUGUUUUCGGAGUGGUUUGGAGGUUGAAACAGAAUGCCAAAAUUUCGUGGUGGGACCAAAAAAUGCGGAAUUUUGAUUGUGGACGGUCGAAUGGGCAAUUUGGAUUAUAUUUUGUCAAUUUUUGUGAUUUUCUGGGCUUUAGGGACAAUUUAACAGAAUGCCAAGGUUUCGUUGCGGGACCCAAAAGUGGUAAGAAAGCCCGAUAUUUGAAAUGGGGAUGUCAGAAUAGGAUGAUCGUAUCUUAUAUUUUUCGAUUUUUAUGAUUUUUUGGCAGUAUUUAGGGGAACUGAAACGGAAUGCCAAAAUUUCGUUGCGGGACUCAAACGAAAAAUUCAAAUAAAAGAAUCAUGAAAAAGUGUUUUAGUGGUGAAAUACACACUGCAUAAAGUGAGUUAUUCAUUUUUUCAGCUUCCUCUCUGCAUGGCAGCAAGAACAGCAUCUAUUCGAUAGCGAUGAACCCGGACGGGAAGGUCGUGGUGGCCGGCUCCACCGAAAACGUUCUCCGAAUCUGGGACCCGCGCACCUGCAAGAAAAUCUGCAAACUCAGGGGACACACCGACAAUGUCAGGGCAAUUCAGAUGAAUCGCGAUGGAACUCAGGUAGAAAUUUGCUGGAUUUUUGAGUUACUGGUAUAGUACUUGAGAAAAGUUGAUGUUACAGUAACCCCAGAUUGGUUUUUGUUGAAAUACCGAUUUUUUUGAGUGUGGAGAGGCAUUAGAAUUCCUUUUAUAUUGUUUUUCGAGGAUAUUAGGACUAUUUUUAUGUUUUUGACUAAGUGUCACAAAAAUUAUUGGAUUUUUUGAAAGCUUGUUUUUGCUCAUAAAAAUGAGUUGAGAUUGGUUUGGUGGUUUUUAAAACGUAUUUUAUGCGACUUUUCGAUAGUUUGAUUUAGGACGAAGUGUCAAAUUUUUUGACUUUUGGUUGACUUUUGGAGAUUUUUAUACUUUUUGUGGUGUAAAGUGUGGUUUUAGAUGAUUUUUUUUUCCUAUUACUUACCACCCUAAAAUACGGAUUUCAGUGCCUUAGUGCAAGCAGCGACGGAACGAUCCGUUUGUGGAGCAUUGGCCAGCAACGAUGUAUUGGUGUCAUAACCUGUCAUUCCGACAGUGUCUGGGCCUUACAGACGGACUCCAACUUCUCGUUUGUGCUCAGCGGCAGUCGUGAUCGAAGUUGCUGCAGAACUUUUAUGAAUGAUCUCAAUUCGUCCGAAGUCUUGUUUCAGGAAGACUCGCCGAUUCAAAGGGUAAGAAAAUAGGAUUUUUUUGCUGUGAAAAUGAUGCAUUUGGGCGAAUGAGGAGCAUUAAACUUGUAUGAACUUAUUUUCUGGGUGUUAUGGGACGUUUUUUGAAAGAUUGGACGAAAUGUCACAAAAUUUAUUGGUUUUGACAUUUCGUCAUAGGAAAUUGUAACGAGGAAGAAAAUGGUUUUUCAAUGCAAUAGGAGUGGUUUUUUUAAAAAUACGGCGAUUUGCUAACAUUAAAAAAUAAUUUGACGAAAUGUCACAAAGUUUAUUGAUUUUGACAUUUCGUCGUAUUAUUCCCAGAAAAAGGUAAGAAUGUAAUUGUUAGAUGCCCAUUGAUUGAUUUUUUUGUUUUACCGAGGUUUUCCUGGGGUUUAUAACAACUUUGACGGAAUGCCACAAAAUUUAUUGAUUUUUUUAUUUGUCAUUCCAGCUCCAAACCAAUGAUUCGGACCGCCCCACGCAUGUCUGGACAACGACUUGGUCCUCGAACAUCAAUCGAUGGCCCCUGAAACGGCAGGAGUCCUUCGACUACGGCAACGACAUUCCAAUUACCUUCCAACAGCCGGAUAUUAUUCUAGAAGGCGCCCCUUCAAUUCGACAACAUGCCGUCCUAAAUGACAGGAGACAUGUUGUAACGAGGGACACGGAAAACAACAUCCAUAUAUGGGAUAUUCUGCAAGGGAAGAAGAUCUCAAACGAGGGGAAAAGAAAUAUGGAGGAUGUGAUCAAGGAGAACUUCAAAAAAGUCUUUGUUCCCUCCUGGUUCUCGGUGAAUGUGAAAAGCGGAGUAAGAAAUAAAAAAAUAGUGUAUGGUAAAGUGAAAUCGACCAAAAAAAUGGUCGAUUUCGGUCAUUUUCGAACGUUUUGAAAAAAAUAAUGUUUUUUAUACAUAAAAUUAAAUUUAUGGGGAUUCGAAGCCGAGAAAUUUGGUUGAAAUUUGGCAUAGAUGUUGAGUAAAGGUCACAUGUCAAUUCCUGAAAGUUUUAGCUCGCGCUUUGCAAACACAGCUGAGAUAUGAAACAAUCUUUGCUGCCGAGAGAGCAUGAGAAAUGAGGAAACGGUCAGAGAAAAAUUUCUUUUUUUGUCUAUAUCUUUGUGAAUUAUGCACAGAAAAAUUUUAUUUUUUGUAGAAAGGGUGUAAUCUGUGUGAUGAUAAGAAUGCGAAAUUUUCAUUUUGAAAAUCGAAAUAUUUUUUUUUUUGAAUUUUUGCGAUUGAAAAUUCAAAAAAAAAAUUUUUCCAAAAUGAAAAUUUCGUGUUCUUAUCACCACAUUGAUUACACUCUUUCUACAAAAAAUGAAAUUUUUUCGUGUAUAAUUCACAAAGAUAUAUAUAAAAGACAUUUUUUCUCUGACUGUUUCCUCAUUUCUCAUAGUCUCUCGGCUGCAAAGAUCGUUUCAUAUCUCGGCUGUGCUUGCAAAGCGCUAGCUAAAAUUUUCAGCAAUUGACAUGUGACCUUCACUGAACAUCUGUGCCAAAUUUCAGGAAAAUUGGAUCGUUGAAUCUUGAGCAACGAUCAAAACUUUGAUUUUUUUCCGUUUUUUCGAGAAUUUUUUCGGAUUUUUAAAUUUUUCGAAAAAAUUUUGCAAAAAUUAUUGACUAAUUUGUCUAUUUCUAGCUCUUGGAGAUCACACUCGACGAAUCCGACGUGUUUUCGGCGUGGGUUUCGGCGAAGGAAGCGUCAGAUCGGAACGAAGAAACGGAAAGCAAGCCAUUGGCGAAUUUUGGUGGAUUACUGCUGCGAUCUCUCUUCGAAUUGUGGCCAUAUUCCUUCCAAGACGAUGAAAUCGAAUCCCCUUUGCAUGGAUACUUCCAUUUCCCAAAACAUAUCCCAAUUUUGAUAUGGUAAGGGGGGAUUUUUGGAAUUUUUUGGGGAAAAACGCCAUUUUUUGGAGUUUGACUCGAAAUUCGGGGAAAUCAAUAAAAUUUUUGGUAGAAAUCACCUUUUUAGGAACUACACCGAAGAUUCCGGCCGCCCAAUCUUCCGCACCACCGUCAAAGACACGGCCAAUCCGACCGAGAGCGCCAUGUUGAGAGAUCAUCUCCCGCAGUGGGUCCUGGACGUGGUGGAACACAAUCAGUUCCCAAAAUUCAACAAAAUGCCAUUCGUCCUCCAACCACACCCGAGUUAUGUCUCAAAGGCCUUCAAACGGUAAGAUUUGAAAUUUGGACGAAAUGUCACAAAAAUUAUUGGGGUUGGAAUUUCGUUAUUUUAGUAGAAAGGGGGUUGAAAGGGUCAAGGAAGAGUUUUCAGUGACCUUCUGACAUUUGGAAUAAAUAUUUAGAAGAUUUUUCGGCUAAAAAGGGUAAUUGGACGAAAUGUCACAAAAAUUAAUGGGUUUGGCAUUCCGUUAUUUUGGGAGAAAAGUGGUUGAAUUGACAAGGAAAGUAUUUUCAGUUGGUUCCUAGUAGUUUGAGUCAAAAUUUUACAAGAUAUUUUGGCUAAAAGGAGCAAUUGGACGAAAUGUCACAAAAAUUAUUGAUUUUUAAAACUUUCAUUUUAGCUUGAAAUAGAUAGAAAUUCUUUCUAAGAUUGAUUACGGACUGAUUUAGUCUUCAUGCAAGCCUUUUUAUGGAAGAAAUGUGAAAUUGUACGAAAUGUCAAAAAAAUUAUUGAUUUUUAAAACUUCCAUUUUAGCUUGAAAUAGGUAGAAAUUCUUUUUAAAAUUGAUUACGGACUGAUUUAGUCUUCAUCCCAGCCCUUUUUUGGACGAAAUGUCACAUCGUACGAAAUGUCAAAAAAAUUAUUGGUUUUUUAGAAACUUUUUCAAAUCGCUUUCAGAGACCGCCUAAGCGCCACGGAGAUGCUACAGAUCCGGAAAGUGAUGGAACACGUGUACGAGAAGAUCCUAUCGCCUCAGGACCAAAACUCGGAGCCCAACGACUCGGCCCAUUCCUCGAACUCGAAUCACGACAAAUCCGGCUAUUUCACGACGCCGAUUCCGAAGAACAUCGAAGACAAGGUGGAAUUGUACUGCAACGACCAGAAAUUGGAGCCCGACAUGGAUCUGCGUACCGUGAAACACUUUAUUUGGAAGCAGUCGGCCGACCUGCUAAUACAUUAUAAGCCGAUUAAGUAG